AUGGAAGUAUCGACGGUUCAAGCUACACCAUCCGAUUACGACGAACCACUCACCAACGUGCCCUCGUCCACCUUUGUGCACUUCCCUGCAACUUUGGGUUAUGAAGUUACUGCAAGCGUUUCAUCUCCAGUCCCUGGCCGUAUCAGCCAAGUCGACCACGCCGACUAG